ACUGCAGACAUGUCUGGUCGCGGCAAAGGCGGGAAGGGCCUCGGGAAGGGCGGCGCCAAGCGCCACCGCAAGGUGCUGCGCGACAACAUCCAGGGCAUCACCAAGCCCGCCAUCCGGCGCCUGGCGCGGCGCGGCGGCGUCAAGCGCAUCUCCGGGCUCAUCUACGAGGAGACCCGCGGGGUGCUCAAGGUGUUCCUGGAGAACGUGAUCCGCGACGCCGUCACCUACACGGAGCACGCCAAGCGCAAGACGGUCACGGCCAUGGACGUGGUCUACGCGCUCAAGCGCCAGGGCCGCACCCUCUACGGCUUCGGCGGCUGAGCCCCCGCGUCCACCAGCCUCAUCUAUUCCCCCCCAAAGGCCCUUUUCAGGG